AUGGAUUUUAACCAAGAAAAAAUAGAUGAUGCAUUUGUUAACAACAACAACAACAACAACAACAAUAGCAACAAUAUUCUUGAUUUUAAUAAAAUAACUGAACAAAGUGAUAAUAAUAAUAAUAAUAAUAAUAAUAAUAAUAAUAAUAAUAAUAAUAAUAAUGCAACUCAAACUUUUAAUGAGGUUGAAAAUAAAAAAGAUAAUGUUAUUUUUUAUGAAAUGUCAUCAUUAACUCUAUCACCAAUCACAGUUAAUCAAUUAUCAAUAAACCAAAAUAUCACCACCUCAUCUUCUACAAAUUCUAUUUCCACACCAUCAUCAUCAUCAUCAACUACAACAACAACAACUACAAUUACAACAACAACAACUCCAAAAGAAAUUCACACAACACAACAAGAACAAAAAUCAACAACAGAAUAUUCACAUUUUGAAAAUGUACAGGAUCAACAAGAUCAUUUAAAUGAAAAUAAUAUUCAAAAUGAAAUAAAUCAACAACAACAACAACAACAACAACAACAACAACAACAACAACAACAACAACAACAACAACAACAACAACAACAACAACAACAACAACAACAAACCAUUGGGCCAUCACACAGUUCAAAUGAUGAACCACCAAUAAUAUCUAAAACCCAAAAUGAAAACAAUAAAACACAUAUUUAUGACGAGAGUGUAGUCAACACCAACACCAACACCAACACCAACACCAACACCAACACCAACAACAACACCAACAACAACAUCAACAACAAUAAUAAUAAUAAUAAUAGUAAAGAAAAAGAAUUAAAUGAACAAUUAAUAAUAUCAAAAUCAGAAAAUGAUGAGUUAGAAUUAAUAAUUUUAGAGAAAGAAUAUGAAAUAUCACAAUUGAGAAUUGAAGAUUUGGUUGAAAGAUAUGUUAAAAAUAAAUUACUAUAUAGCAAUUGUAUUAAAGAUUUUGAAAAUUAUGAAUUAAAAGAAUUAUAUGAAAUUAAUAGAAAAGAAGAAAUUGAGAAAACCAAUUCAUAUGUUGAAGAAUUUUCAAAGAAUGCAAAUCAAAUGAUUAGAGAUGAGAUUAAUGAAUAUGAUAAAAGAAUUAAAGAGAUUAAACAACAACAUUUAGAAGAGAUAUUAAAAUUACAAGAAACUUUAAAAAGAUUUAAAAAUGAUAAAGAGAAUUUAGAGAUUUCAUUAUUGAAUUCCAAUAAUCAAUUAAUGGAGCUCGAGGAUCAGUAUCAGUUAAACACAAAUCAGUUGAAGGAGACCUACAGGAAGCAAAUCGCUAUUCUCACUAAUUUAAAUUCGAAAUUAACUAUUGAUCUUGAGAGAAUUCAGAAUCAAAAAGAUAAAGAAUUAAAAGAUAAUUUAAAUUCCUUGUCUUUGGAAUUGGUGGAGGCAGGCGAGAGAAUUGAAAGAUUUAAAACCAUAGUUGAGAAAUUGCAAUCAGAGAAAUCCAAAGACAGAGAGACAAUUAAGGAAUUGACUGAAUCAAAUUCAAAGAUUAAUAAUAGUUUGGAGAAGUUACAUAGGGAGUUUGAUAAACAGGUGAAGGUGAAUAAAAGGAAUUCCGAAUUACAGACAAAGGUUGACAUUUUGCAAGGUGAGAAUGACAAUCUACAAAAUAAAAUCCAAGAUUUGAAAACAUCGUUUGAAAAAGAGUCAAACAGAUUCCAAACUAAACUAUUAUCAAAUGAGUCUACUAAAACCACACUUGUGUCUCAAUUAAAGGAUGAAUUAAAACUUUCAAUUAAUGAAUGUAAAUCACAAAAGAAAUUAAAUGAUCAAUUGACUCUAGAGAAUGAAAGAUUGAAAUCUGAUAAUCAAAUUGAGAAAUCAUUACUUGAUAAUCAAAUUAAACAACUCAUUGAUGAAUCAAAACUUUUAGGUAAUCAAUUUAAUUCUUUAAAACAACAAAAUGAAAAAAUUAUAAAAGAAAAUGAAAAAUCUCAAUUAAUCUUAAAAACAAAUAAAGAUAAUUCAAAUAAUGAAAUCAUUCAAUUAAAAGAUCAAAUUUCAAAAUUAUUAAAAACUUUACAAAAUAAUAAUAAUAAUCAAAAUAAUAAUCAAAAUAAUGAUAACUUAAUAAUUGAUAAAACUGAACCAAAGAAACAAAGAAAAACUAUCACCACAACUACAGAAACUUUAGAGAAUUUAGGUGUAACAUCUCGUUCUGGUAGAAAAAGGACACCAAUUAUAUCUGAUGAAGGUCAGGAAAUUAAAACUGUGGUAAAUAAUUUUGUAAAUAAAAUGGAAGAUGAAACAAAAGAAGAAGAAGAAGAAGAAGAAGAAGAAGAAGAACCAAAAGAAGAGAUAAAACCAAAGUCAAGAUCAAGAAAGAAUGAUAGUAGUGUUAAAAAUGUAAUUAACCAAUCAUCUAGAAGGAAGGUAAAAAGUAAAGAAUUGGAAGAAGAAUUGGAAGAAGAAAAAGAGGAACAACUAGAAGAACCAAUUAAAGAAGAUAUUCCAAUCCAACCAACUAGACCUAAUUCAAGAUCAAGGAGAAAUACUACCACCACCACCACUAUCAAUCAAGAUACUCCAAUCAUCAUCAAUAAUGUAAAUAGUAAAAAAAGAACAAGAAAAUCACAUCAAGAAGAGGUAGAAGAACAAGAACAAGAACAAGAAGAACAAGAACAAGAAGAGCAUGAACAAUCAUACAUAUUGGAGGGAGAACAACCAAAAAAAAGAAAUAGAAUUUCUAGAAAAGAUAAAGAAGAACAAGAACAAACUGAAAGAUUAGAGUUGGAAAGAUUAGAAAAAGAAAGAUUAGAAAAAGAAAAAUUAAAAAAAGAAAAAUUAAAAAAAGAGAAAUUAGAAAAAGAAAAAUUUGAAACUGAAAAAUUGGAAACUGAAAAAUUUGAAAAAGAAAAAUUAGAAAAUGAAAAAUUAGAAAAAGAGAGAGAAAAAGUUAAACAAAGAGAAAAAUUAGCAAAAGAGAGAGAAAAGGAGAGAUUAAAAAAAGAAAAAUUGAAAAAAGAAAAAUUGGAAAAAGAAAAAUUGGAAAAAGAAAAAUUGGAAAAAGAAAAAUUGGCAAAGGAAAAAUUAGAAAAAUUAGAAAAAGAAAAAUUAGAAAAAGAGAGAGAAAAAGUUAAACAAAGAGAAAGAAAUAACAAUAAAGAAAAUCUUAAUGCAAAUAUAUCAAAUAAUAGUAGUAAUGGGAGUAAAUUUGGGAAAAUUCAUCAAUAUCUUUUAAAUAAAGGAACCAUUCCGAAACUAUCAAAUAUGAAAAAAUAA